AUGGACAAAGCCGCCGACAUCCAUGUCGAGAACGCCGCGGCGUCUGCCGACAGCAACUCGCUCGAGAGUGGUGAUGCCGGCAAAGGCCAGGUCGGCACCAUUCGCCUCUUUCAGGACAACGACGUCGUACUCGUUCCUACACCUACAGAGGACCAAUUGGAUCCUCUGAACUACGCGCCGUAG